CCACGUGACUGUGAGGUGUCACGAGAUCAAUUCGGGGAUUGAUUCGUCGCUCCUGUCGAUUCUCUAAAUGUAGUUCCGUAGAAUCGGAAACGGGAAAAUUAUUCUACACUCUAUAGACACUGUGUACAUUCAGAGUGUAAUAUAAUUUAUAAUGUGAUGAAGACUCGAGCCUGAUUGAAUUUUAAAAAAAGAGUAGAAGAUAUAACCUAACCUAACCUAACCUAACUCGUAACCUGUAACUCUUGCAUAUAAACUCGGGCAAAUAUGAAUACGCGAAUCUUCAGGAGGAUAUUAACGGACUUUACGAUCGGCAGAAGAAAACUGCACGUAACUUCGAGGCUGCCGAGUUUGCAUGAAUACGACCGGAAGUCAGGUUACAAGACUGUGUACGACAGACCACCACCGGAGCAACACUUGAGCGUUCUUGGUAGAAUACGCGAGGGCUACCGGCAGCUCGGGGAAGAGCUCGGCCUCUUGGUGGAGGAGGUGAGAGAAAAGUUGAGGAACGACCCGAUUUUUAUAUACAGACGCAACGAGAUUGACGUUGUAUGGCGAUUCACGGGCGAUCCGAAGUCGUUGGAUCAGUGGGUCGUCAUGUGUGACAGCGAUUACAACGAGGGUUUUUCGACAGCCAAAUUAGCGUUGUCUUCUAAUGGCACUGGAGUAUUCUCGGGUGUGUUAAGCACUCAAUUGCCCAAGGACGGGAAAGUGAAGUACGCCGGUUAUUGCAAUAUUACCAGUAUACCUAAGCGAAGAUCUUUCAAGCGCGAGGUUUAUCACGACUGGACACGGUAUACCCAUCUCGUUCUUCGUGUCAGAGGGGACGGCAGAUGCUACAUGCUGACUAUCUCCACCAGAGGUAUAUUCGACCUGACUUGGAACGACGUGUACCACUACGUGCUCCAUACCAGAGGCGGACCUUAUUGGCAAUACGUCAGGGUGCCGUUCUCCAAGUUUGUAUUUUCGAGUAAAGGCAGCCUGCAGGAUAACCAGCCGCCGAUCGAGCUGCACGAGGUUACGAAUUUUGGCAUAUCGUUGGGGGACGACGUUCCCGGCCACUUCAGAUUGGAAAUCGAUUACAUCGGUUUAGAGUUCGACGAGUUCCAUAAAGAGGAGUCCGCUUACGAAUCUUACGAUUUUAAAGGAAUCAGAUUUUAGUAUGUACGUAUAUAAAAUAAAGUGUGUGAUCUUAUUGUUGCCGUCUGUGCGGAGGUGAGAGCGGAAGAACGAAUAUACGUUGUAUAAUAUGUGAAUAAUAAAUUUGCAGCGCUUAAUUUAUUUAGCAAAUCCGAAA